CCUCCCUCCUCCAUAUAACGCCUUUCUCUUCUCCCCUUACCGACAUCAGGCAGGACCGUUGUCAAUUCUUUCCAAAGCGUCGACCGGUUCGACCUAUUUCUCUUAUUUCUUCACUACUGUCCAACUCAGUCACCACACUUCGGCUCGCGAGACGAGAUUCAUUUUGCUUCGGACACGAUGGCCGCUGACUUGCUCGAACUGCGUCUUCCCGUCGACCUUGCUCCGCCAGAGCAGGUUCCGCACCAGCUGCAGAACUACAUUUCUCCCGAAGCAUGGCAGGCCCGCGUACGAGCUGUGAUACGCAAAGGCGGUCGCUACAUCAAGCCAGGCUUCGAUAUGGUCUGGGGGAUCAUUGCCUUCAUAAUGGUCCUAGCUUUGCCUAUCGCGAUGUACUUCGUUGCCCUCCGCGUCCUGCCCCACGAGGCCGACGACAACGUCACGUUCGAAGUUGGGCCAAACUUCGUCGUGACAGACGACGCGAACAGAAUCUGGAAGGCGCGCGGUAUCAGCAUAGGCACGUUCUUCGGUGUCAUCCUCCUCAUGUGGGGUCCCCUCUUCCUGUGGAAGCUCCAUGGGAAAUCGCAAGUCAACAAGAUGCUCGAGCGGUUCGAAAACGAGGACCGCGCUGUCAGGCCUGGUGCCCCCGUCCCCAUUUAUAGGAUAUCCAGGCCCACGAUCGGUGCCACCGCGCUUCAACUGAACAUCAGCGUUCCCGGGACGUCCGCGCCUACCUCAUUCCAAACUGGCUCGCAGCCGCCCUCUUACAUCGUCAACGCCCCGCCUGACCCCGCCACCGCCUAUGGGACUAGGUUCGGCCAGGCACCCCUUGUUUCAGGCCAGGGGGUGCCGCUCUACAACCAGUACGAUGAAAAGGUCCCUGACUACAGCGGCCCGCCGCCGGGUGUCUACAUGCCUUACGACGAGAAGCGCGAGUUCGAAAGCUUGCCCGUUUGAGUGCCAUUGCCGUUAUAUGCCUGCCUGCCUGCCGUCGUGCUUUGUGUCCAAGAGACUUUUGCGUCGUCCGCUCUGUAUCCUAGCUGGACUGCUUUCUGCUGGCGACUUGUGGUGCCCAAGCUCGAGAUGGACAGCAUUCAUUUUUCUUUUGCUUCCCUUUUCUUCGACUUGUACUGUACCCCGUUGUAGAAUCGCACACAAACUAGCUUUGGCUUGUUCCUCCUCUGGCAGAGGCAUGUCAUCCUGUAUUCUAGCAAUGCAGUCAGUCUCAACGG